GCCCCGCUCUCCCGCCCGCCUCUCCGGUCGGGGCACAUGCUCGGUGCGUGGGGCCGGCCCGGUUUCCUCCCGGCCUCGUCAGCAGCGCGGGGCCUCCCGGCACCCCCGGCACCGCCGACAUGGCCCCCCCGACAGGGAAUGUCGUGGACAGCCAGGCCCCGCGGCCCCUGGCCAGCCAGCUGCGCUGGGACCUGACGGCCGAGCAGAUCGAGGCCAUGGCGGCCGAGCUGACCGAGAGCACCAAGCUCGUGUACGACCGCGUGGGAGCCCAGGAGCGCGGAGAGGUCUCCUACGAGAACACCCUCAAGGCUCUGGCCGACGUGGAGGUGGAAUACACAGUCCGUAGGAACAUGCUGGACUUCCCCCAGCAUGUGUCCCCCUGCAAGGCCGUCCGCGCCGCCAGCACCGAGGCCGACAAGAAGCUCUCGGAGUUCGACGUGGAGAUGAGCAUGAGGCAGGACGUGUACCAGAGGAUUGUGUGGCUCCAGGAGAAAGCAGAGAGUGCUUCCCUGAAGCCUGAGGCAAAGAGGUACCUGGAGAGGCUGAUCAAGCUGGGCAAAAGGAACGGGCUCCACCUCCCCGAGGAGACACAGGAGAAAAUCAAAGCUAUCAAGAAGAAGCUGAGCGUGCUGUGCAUCGACUUCAACAAGAACCUCAACGAGGACACCACCUUCCUGCCCUUCUCCAGGGAGGAACUGGGGGGGCUCCCUGAGGAUUUCCUGAACUCCCUGGAGAAGACAGAGGAUGGGAAGCUGAAGGUCACCCUGAAGUACCCACACUACUUCCCCCUGCUGAAGAAGUGCUACGUGCCCGAGACCAGGAGGAAGGUGGAGGAGAUGUUCAACUCCAGGUGCAAAGAGGAGAACUGCCUGAUCCUGAAGGAGCUGGUGGACCUGAGGGCUCAGAAGGCCAAUCUGCUGGGCUUCAGCACCCACGCUGACUUUGUGCUGGAGAUGAACAUGGCCAAGAGCAGCCGGACGGUGGCCACGUUCCUGGAUGAGCUGGCCCAGAAGCUGAAGCCCCUGGGGGAGAAGGAGCGGGCUGUGAUCCUGGACCUGAAGAAGAAGGAGUGCGAGAAGCGCGGGCUGGAGUUCGACAACCGCAUCAACGCCUGGGACAUGCGCUACUACAUGAACCAGGUGGAGGAGACCAAGUACAGCGUGGACCAGAACCUGCUCAAGGAGUAUUUCCCCAUGCAGGUGGUCACCACGGGCCUCCUGGCCAUCUACCAGGAGCUGCUGGGCCUCACCUUCCACCUGGAGGAGAAGGCUCAGGUGUGGCACGAGGACGUGCAGCUCUACACGGUGAAGGACGCGUCCUCCGGCGAGACCAUCGGGAAGUUCUACCUGGACCUGUACCCACGGGAAGGGAAGUACGGCCAUGCUGCCUGCUUUGGCCUCCAGCCCGGCUGCCUCCUGCCGGACUCCAGCCGCCAAAUCUCGGUGGCCGCCAUGGUGGCCAAUUUCACCAAGCCCACGCCGGACGCCCCUUCCCUGCUGCAGCACGACGAGGUGGAGACCUAUUUCCACGAAUUUGGGCACGUCAUGCACCAGCUGUGCUCUCAGGCGGAGUUUGCCAUGUUCAGCGGGACACACGUGGAGAGGGACUUUGUGGAGGCCCCGUCGCAGAUGUUGGAGAACUGGGUGUGGGAGAAGGAGCCUCUGCUGCGCAUGUCCAGGCACUACAAGACAGGGAGCCCCAUCCCGGAUGAGCUGCUGGAGAAACUCAUUAAAUCCCGGCAGGCAAACACAGGGCUCUUCAACCUGCGCCAGAUCGUCCUGGCCAAGGUGGACCAGGCACUGCACACCCAGACCAAGGCUGACCCCGUGGAGGUGUUUGCCCAGCUCUGUGAAGAGGUGCUGGGUGUCCCUGCCACCCCAGGUACAAACAUGCCAGCCACCUUUGGCCACCUGGCCGGGGGUUAUGAUGCUCAGUACUACGGCUACCUCUGGAGCGAGGUGUUCUCCAUGGACAUGUUCCACACCCGCUUCAAGCAGGAGGGAAUCAUGAACUGCAAGGUGGGCAUGGAUUACAGGAAGUGCAUCCUUCACCCCGGUGGCUCCGUGGAUGCUUCGGACAUGCUGAGGAGGUUCCUGGGCAGGGAGCCCAAGCAGGACGCCUUCCUGGCCAGCAAGGGACUGAAGGUGGAGAGCAACUCGGUGCCUUCAGCCUGAGAGGUGCUGCUGGGCCCUGGCAGGGCGGGGAAGCUCCUGCCCACGCACCUGCCCUCGCCUGGUUCCUGUCACCAAACACCCCCAGGCCACCCCUGCCUGGAGCUGCCCCUCUGAGCCCCUCCUGGGGCUCUCUGGUGACACACAGGUGACCUGGCCUUGUCACCCCGGCCUUGUGGGUCACCCUCACCAAUUGGCUGAACUUUGAACCUGAUCUCUGCACAAGGGUGAGUUUUGGAGCCAGGGGAGGAGGAGGGGGAGAGGAGUUCCCAAACUUGAAUUUUUGUUUUUAAAUCCCUUCUCUUUUAAGAAGCCUCGUUGUUGGUGUUGUUGUUGCCACCUUGGCUUGGUUUGUGACACAGUUGUCAUCAGGGCAGGGACAGUCCUGCUCUCCCCAUCUUUGGGCAGCUCUUGGCUGUGCAAUAAAGAUGGGGAGAUCCCAGAGCUCAAACCCUACAGGGAAUUAACUGGAACAUCCUGCCCUGAACCCCUCAGGGACCUUCCUGCCUGGCAGGGGGACAGAGGUGGCCAGUGCAGGCGUUCCAGAACAGGGGUUUAGGAACUUCUGUGGCCUCUGUGUCCCAGGGCCAUCUCAGGGUCAUCCUGGGGCCACCCCAGGCCAGCCAGGGGCUCAGGCUGUGGCAGCUGAGGGUGUUGCUGUUGCUGUGAGCUCCAGGGAUGGGCCAGGGUUGUGUUUAUGACUGAAAACACCCGAGCUGACAGCUUCAAACAACACAAAUGCCGGGAUAAAAAUAUCCCCUGGGCUCCGUGCCAGGCCUUGAGCUGCCGGCCACGGGGAGGGGCAGCAGCCAGCCUGGGCUGUGCCACCUGCUCCAGGCUGUCCCCAAUGUGCCCCAAACCAGCCUGGGCUGUGCCACCUGCCCCAGUGUGCCCCAAGCCAGCCCGGGCUGUGCCACCUGCCCGGGCUGUCCCCAAUGUGCCCCAAGCCAGCCCGGGCUGUGCCACCUGCCCCGGGCUGUCCCCAGUGUGCCCCAAGCCAGCCCGGGCUGUGCCACCUGCCCCAGUGUGCCCCAAACCAGCCCGGGCUGUGCCACCUGCCCCGGGCUGUCCCCAAUGUGCCCCAAGCCAGCCUGGGCUGUGCCACCUGCCCCAGGCUGUCCCCAAUGUGCCCCAAGCCAGCCUGGGCUGUGCCACCUGCCCCAGUGUGCCCCAA